AUGAAGCUUUUAAUAUUCGCACUGUGCACAGUUCUGUGCUCUCGCGUGCUCGGUCAUCCCUAUGCCUCGGAAACAACGUGGAUUCCAGCCACAACGACAUCCGUAGAGGAGUUAUGGGAAGUCCCAGAGCCGACCGAGGUAGCCCAUCUCUACGGUAAACGUGGAUAUAGCGAGAUCCUCCAAGCCAGAGACACCACUGCGACAACCGACUCUACUACAUCCACUGACACCACAACUGAUACAACUACAUCGGAGUCAACAACAUCUACGACCACAACCUCCACUUCGGAAACCUCUACCUCUACCUCUUCCACAUCUACCUCUUCCACAUCAACAACCUCCACAUCAACAACCUCCACAUCGACAGCCUCCACAUCCACAUCCACAACCUCUACAUCUACCAGCUCGACUACUAGCUCGACUACUACCAGCUCCUCAACGACAACUACUAGCGCCACAACGACAACAAGUAGUGCAACUGCAACUGCAACCAGCAGUUCCACCGCGGCGCUAGAUGAAUGGAAUCGUAAGGGCAACAUAGCAGCAAUUGUAUUCGGCUGUUGCAUGAUCUCGCUAUUUGGCGGCCUCAGCCUGCUCUACUGCUUACGCAAUAAAGCGAGGGCACGGCGAAUUGCAGCCAGAAAAGAGCUGGAGGCCAGUCCAUCAUACUCGAAGAUACCCCUUGUGGCCGCGAAACACAAUUCCGCCACUAACCUUGAACUUAACCGCUCCUCCAUGAUGUUCACCAACAAGCCAGAGACGGAAUACUUCCCAGCACAAGACGCCCCAUCAGUUUCAAAUCAUCACAGUCACAGUCACAGUCACGCUACCUCCACAACAUCUCAGACUACGGCGGGUCAAUCAUCUACUAGAGAACACAUGCCGCGAGCAUACAGCAAUGAUCAGCAUACGCCUUUGGUUUGA